AGUGUAAGAAGCAAAACAAAGAGGUAAAGGAGGGGGCAGCUUAUAGGCUUUCUUUUGAGUUUUUAAGGUUGAAAUUUGAAAAAAAAAAAAAAAAAUGCCUAUUUCAAGAGUCGCUAUUGGAUCUCCGGCGGAGUUCAGCCAACUGGAUGCCAUCAAGGCUGCCGUGGCUGAGUUCAUUUCCAUGUUGAUUUUUGUUUUUGCUGGUCAAGGCUCUGGCAUGGCUUUCGCUAAGCUUACGGACAAUGAAUCAACAACGCCGGCUGGCCUCAUUGCUGCAUCGAUAGCACAUGCUUUUGCGCUUUUUGUGGCGGUUUCGGUCGGUGCCAACAUCUCCGGCGGCCACGUAAACCCUGCUGUCACCUUAGGUGCAUUUGUUGGUGGUCACAUCACAUUGUUUAGAAGCAUCAUGUACUGGAUUGCCCAAUUGCUUGGAUCUGUUAUUGCAUGCUUGCUUCUUAAGUUUGCCACUGGUGGACUCGAAACAUCAGCCUUUGCACUUUCAUCGGGAGUGACAGUUUGGAAUGCAGUCAUUUUCGAGAUAGUGAUGACCUUUGGACUUGUUUACACAGUUUAUGCCACUGCAGUGGAUCCAAAGAAGGGUAAUUUAGGGAUCAUUGCUCCCAUUGCCAUUGGCUUCAUUGUUGGUGCCAACAUCUUAGCCGGUGGCGCAUUCGAUGGUGCAUCCAUGAACCCAGCCGUGUCUUUUGGCCCUGCUGUCGUCAGCUGGACAUGGGACAGCCACUGGGUCUACUGGCUCGGCCCAUUUGUCGGUGCUGGAAUUGCUGCUCUGGUCUAUGAAAUCUUGUUCAUUAACCAGAGCCAUCAACAGCUCCCUACCAGUGCAGAAUACUAAGAAUCUAUAUUUGUUUUCACAAAGAAUUAGGAGCUGCGUGCAAUGUUUGCUUUCAUUUUCUAAAGCCUGUUCAAAUUCUCUUGCUUUUCCUUAUUGUACUUUAUGUCAAUCGGCUCAGCUGUAUUGCUUCUUUGGAAUUCAAGUUUUCUGCUAUCUAAUUUCCCCUAUUAAAGACUGA